AUGUCCACCAGAACAGUCGAUAUACCCCAGGAUGUGAUUGCAGCCUUGAAGAAGUUCAGGUUCACCAAUAGGAAAGGUACAGCUGCCAUCUCAGUCAAAAUCGUUAAAUCCAGUCUAUCAAUGGCGGUAGAUGAGGAAUUUGAGGAUCAGUCAAUUGAAGAGAUAGCUGAGGAAUUACCGGAAAAUCAUCCUCGUUAUGUACUGCUAUCUCACGAAUUGAAACAUAAAGAUGGACGUAUAUCGUAUCCCUUAAUAUUAAUCAAUUGGGCACCAAGUGGAGCACCUAUGGAAUUGAUGACUCUUCAUGCUAGUUCUCUGAACUACUUCCAGCAAGUGGCAGAGGUAGCCAAGGUACUGGAAGUGAGAGAUGGAGCGGAAGGAUUGGAUACUAAAGCCGUGGACGAUAAGUUGCUUGCUAACUAG